AUUAGCAAAUAUUGUAUGAAGUUUUUCUAUUGCUUUAAUUUCGAUGUAAGAAUGUGAUGAAGUAAAACGCCGUUUAUGUUAAAAUACUCCAUCUUGUAAUGGGUAAUAAAAUUACUGGUAAGUAUCAUUCCGUAGACUGUUGCAAUCUCUGCCCCGAGGACCAACCAAUGCGAAUUGUUAAUCUUAAAAGAGGAAGUAUGUCUGCUUAUGAUGAAAGAGAUUCCAUAACAGAGGACAUUUUAGGUGUAAUAAGUAUUGAUUUAUAUCUGGAAGAAAAUCAUGAUGAACAUCACACCGAUUUCUUUAGUGCUGCCAAAGAAGCUCUUAUUGUGCGCAGAGGUGAACCCUUCCGAAUGCGUCUAAAUUUCAAUCGUCCUUUUAAUCCUAACCGUGAUGCAAUUAGUUUCAUAUUUACGGUGGCCGAUGAAAAGAAACCUAGUCCUGGUCAUGGGACUUUGAUAGGUAUAGUCCCUAGGGAUGGCAUAGAUAAUUUGGGUGAUCCGUUGGACUGGGGCGCUGGAAUUGAAGAGCAUGAGGGACAAAGUUUGCAAUUGUUAAUAAAACCAUCAGUUACCUGUCCAGUAGCAGAAUGGAAAUUGGAUAUCGAUACGAAACUGUUAGGAGGUGGGUCGAGAUCAUUUAUAUUACCUCGACCUAUUUACAUACUUUUCAACCCUUGGUGCCCAAAUGAUCAAGUUUACAUGCCAGUAAGAGAUAAACGGAAAGAAUAUGUUCUACACGACACGACACUGAUAUGGCGUGGCUCGUAUAACCGUUUAAGGCCCUCCGUUUGGAAAUUAGGUCAAUUUGAGCGACAUGUUUUAGAAUGCUCUUUAAAAUUAUUGGGCACAAUAGGUCGCGUACCGGCCAGUUACAGAGGCGAUCCUGUACGUGUAUCUCGGGCCCUAUCGGCUGCUGUUAACUCGGUAGACGACGAUGGAGUAAUUCUGGGCAAUUGGACUGAAGACUUUUCGGGCGGAAUCGCUCCCACCAAAUGGAUUGGCUCUACGGAGAUAUUACAACAAUUUUAUAAAACUCAAAAACCGGUCAAGUAUGGUCAGUGUUGGAAUUUUUCAGGCGUUCUGACUACUAUAGCUCGUGCACUGGGUAUCCCUUCAAGAAUUGUUACCUGUUAUUCCUCGGCUCAUGACACCCAAGCCUCUUUAACUGUAGACAUAUUUGUUGAUCACAAUAACAAGAAAAUGGACGCCGAGACCACAGAUUCCAUAUGGAACUACCACGUAUGGAACGAGGUUUGGAUGACUCGCCCGGACUUAGGUGUGGGUUCAAACGGCGUUACCUACGAUGGUUGGCAAGUAGUGGAUGCUACUCCUCAAGAGGCUUCUGAUAAUAUGUAUCGGGUCGGUCCAGCUUCGGUGGCGGCAGUUAAAAACGGUGAAAUUCUCCGAUCCUUCGAUUGCGGUUUUGUUUUUUCAGAAGUGAAUGCCGAUAAGGUGUAUUGGCGUUAUAAUGGUCCUUUUCAACCGAUUAAAUUGCUGCGCAAAGAUACCAUGGCUAUUGGCCAUUUAAUUAGCACUAAGGCCGUUCUGAAGUGGGAACGCGAUGAUAUAACCCAUUCAUAUAAAUAUGAGGAGAGAACGGACGAAGAGCGCAAUGUUAUGUUGAAGGCUUUAAAGCAAUCCAGACAUGCAUUUAGUCGGUAUUAUUUGAAUGAUAGUUUCAAUGAGGUCGAAUUCGAUAUGCAACUAGGAGAUGAUAUAAAAAUUGGUGAAAAUUUUGCGGUUGUAGUAGCCAUCGCCAAUAGAUCGUUACAAAACGCUUACACUGCCAUCGGACAAUUGAGCUGCGAUACCGCUUUAUAUACAGGUUUGAAUGGUCAAGAGGUGAAGUCCAUGAAUUUUGAAAUUAAAAUUCAGCCGGAAGCCAGCGAAUACAUACGCAUGGAAGUCACUUUUGAGGAUUACUAUAAGAAGCUAACAUCGCAGGCCUCUUUUAACAUCUCUUGUUCGGCUGUGGUAAAAGAUACCGACUACGAGUAUUUCGCUCAAGAUGACUUUCGUGUUCGUAAGCCUGACAUAAAGUUUACCUUUCAAGGCGACGUCGUCGCCAAACAGGCUGUGGACGUUAUAGUACGCUUGACUAAUCCUUUGCCAGUACCUUUGCGAAAGGGUACAUUUCACAUUGAAGGUCCCGGCAUAGAGAAGCCUUUACGUUUCCGGAUUGCGGAAAUUCCAGUGGGCGGCACAGCAGCGUCAACCUUUAAAUAUGUACCACCUUACGCUGGUAGAGCCUCAUUGCUGGCCAAGUUUUCGUGCAAGGAACUCGAUGAUGUUGAUGGUUACCUGCAUUACGAAGUCCGUCCCCAUCCAGAUGACAUUAUUAAUCCUUAUCGUUCCAGCCAUAACAUUAUACGAAGAAGAAAUGACGUUAUUGCUUAAAGGGCUGCCUUCCGUUAUAACUCUAAGUUCAUUUAUUUAUAUAUAUUUUAGCUAAGAAUUCUUUCAUUUCUUUUUUUAUUUUAUUUAUUUUCUUUCCUAUUAACAAAGAAUUAAUUCACGAUAAAGCUUUCACCAAAAA